CCCCAGGAAGUGUCGGUGUUCGUGUUCGAGAAGAAAACGGCGGAGAAGUUGCACAAGCCGCGACGGAGGGAAACGGUCACGGAGCUCCUCAGACACGGAAUUAGACAGCUGGAGCGAUACCGUCACCCGAGACUCCUCCAGGUGGUGGCAGGGCCUGAGGACACUCCGGAGACUCUGUCCUUCUACUCCGAGCCCGUGAUGGCAUCCUUGGCCAACAUCAUCACUCCGGCAGACGAGAAGGAGAAGGAAAAAGGCACGGGAGUCUCCAAGGAUUAUAACUUCCUUGAAAUCGAGCUGAAAUAUGGCAUCUUGCAGCUGACGGAGGCCCUGUCGUUCUUGCAUUACUCUUGCCAUGUUGUUCACCGCAACGUCACCCCAGCUUCCGUGUUUGUCACCAAGAGAGGAACGUGGAAGCUCGCGGGCCUUGAGUUCACGGAAAAGGUCGCCGAAGGGGAAGGUCACGACACCAUCACAGUGCAGUCAUGGACGUCCCGUGUCCCAAAAAUGACCCAACCUGACCUUGACUUCAUUGCUCCUGAAGUCCAGACGAGUUCCUCCUGCAGUGUUGUGAGCGAUAUGUUCUCCCUCGGGAUGUGUGUAUGUGCAAUUUUCAACUCGGGGAAGUCGCUCAUCGAAGCCAACCACUCCUCCUCACUCUACCAGAAGCAACUGGAUGUGCUAGGUGAACAGGUGAACAACGUCCUGCCGAAGAUUCCCCUGGGGCUGCAGGAGGCUGUGGUGAGACUAGUGAGCAAGGACAUACGGCAGAGACCCACCUCGCAGCUGGUGGCGCUUAUCAAGUAUUUCAGUGACCCAGCUGUCCACGCACUGCAAUUCCUCGACGUCAUCAACAUGAAGGACCCGACGCAGAAAAGUCACUUCUACCGCACUACCCUGAUGGAGGUCAUGCCCCAGAUCCCUAAGAAGCUGUGGUUCCUUCACGUGUGGCCAUCUCUGCAGCAGGAGAUGAGGACCCAGGAGGUGCUGGCGGCCGUUCUUCAGCCGAUCCUCAAACUCAUCUCGGAGAUUUCAACGGAUGAAUAUGAGAACAUUGUCCUGCCUCAUUUUCGCGUGGUGUUCAACUUGCCGAAGUCCAUCCAGGCUUCAGUCACGCUGCUGGAAAACAUUCACAUUAUCUUAGAGAAAACGCCAUCAGAAGACAUCGCUACCGAUAUUCUACCCAUUAUCUACUCGGGACUGGAAUCUACCACGAUCCAAGUGCAGGUCGCGGCUGUAGUAGCGGCGAGCAACGCGUCCGAACACCUGGACGUCGACUCCAUCAAGAAGACCGUCCUCCCCCGAACCAAAGCUAUCUACGAGAAGAACCCUUCGGACGUGGCGCUGUGCCUGACGGUCCUCGGCUGCAUCGAGAGGAUCCUGGACAAGCUUGAGAGAUCAGCCAUCAUUGAUGACGUGAUGCCCAUCCUAAAUGACGUAAAACUCCAGGACGCCGAUGUCACUGUAAAGGUUGUGAGGCCUUCCUCUCCGGACUCGCACUUGCUCCGAGUCCAGUCAGCGUUCAUAGGGCGCCGCCUCUCAGACAACGAACUCAUGAUGCCCCCGAAGAUCAGGGUGGCUCACUCCUCCGCCUCCUCCCCUGGGGAAACCUCCACAGGGUCGCUGCCCAUCAGGAGACACUCGAGCAUCGGCCCAGAGAGAAGGGGAUCCACCUGUGCCAACCUCUCGCCUCCAACUCUCUCCCGCACCCUGACAAAGUCCCAGUCUUUUUUAAAGAGCUCGAGUCUAGCCAACGCCAGCAAGAGUGUUCCGAUGCUUCUCACGCCUUCGCCGGGCUCCAAGAUGGGCUCCAGGCGGCAGUCUACCUGCUCCAUCAGCUCCAUCGGCGGCCUGGACUCCCGAAGGUCAUCGACAGCCUCCAUCGGCAACCCGCUCGGGGGCUCCUAUAAGUCCCAUCGGCGCCCUUCGGCUCUCAUCUCGAACUCCUCGAGUGGUAACCUUCUGCAGCAGUUGUCCGCCGGCGUGUACCAGCUCUUCUCCAGCAAAUCAUAAAAGAACGUCUACGUAGAGAGGGAACAGCGAUGGCGCGUCGUGAUUGGUCAAACGGAAUGCAAAAAGCGCUGCCAUUGGUCGCAACUAGGAGCUGCAUAUCAGGGUAACAGCGGUGGCGCGCCAUGAUUGGUCAAGAUGAAAUGCUAAAGAAGCGCCACCAUUGGUUGAUUCUAGGAGCUACAUAUCAAGACACUGGAACGAAUUAACAAUGUUGUUUAAUUGAGGGAAAUGUGAUGCAAAUUUACAUUAUUCUUUUUUUUUAUCUUCCAUCUUACUUAUAAAUGAAUCGAUCCUGUUGCAUCCACAUACUCUAAGAACAAGCUGCUAGAAAGCUGUUAGAGAGCUGGGCAUCUGCCUCGAAACUGUGAUUGGCUGUCUGUUAAUAUCGCUCAAUUCGUUAGUCGAAGGGCAGAUCAGCCGCACUUGUGUAAGGCCACGAUCUCCAUGGCCGACUGUGUUUUAUAGGACUUUUUGUCUGAAGUGGCAUGGACAUUUUUACAUAUUGUUUAUUACCCAGAAAUGUAUUUUGUCUUGUGGUAUGUAAAGUUUCAUAAUUCUGUCCUUAAACGUGCGAUGCAUCUUUGUAUAUUAUGAUGAGGAAAAAUGAUACCAAUGCUAAGAACAGUGUGACUAUAUGACGCAAUGCAAUGUUUCCAGUUGUUCAUAUAUAGACUUCAUCAUAACUUAACCACGUCCGGCAAAACACAGUUACCUUCCUGUGGGUUUUUUCUGCAUUAUAUAUAUAUAUA